AUGAUACUUGUUAUCAAUUCAUGUGUUAGCGAACUAUUAUUAGCGAGUCGUAUGAUUUCAAUAACUAUCGUUGAACUUCUAAAUGAUCUUAAACAUAUCCAAUAUCAAGAUUCACUUUGUAUUUUUCGAUCUUACAUUGGUUAUGUUUUCUGUGCUGGACAAUUUUAUUCUUAUUUAUUACAAGCAAACUAUCGGUAUAUGACUGUAGUUUCUCCAACUCGUUUAUUAUGGCAAUCAGAGUGGCUUCAAGUUUUUCUUAUCGGUUUAUCAUGGAUAUUUGCCUUUAUAUGCACUAUUCCACACAUGCUUACUAAUGAAAUACAAUAUUAUAUCGAUGAUCAGUUAUGCGAACUGCCACUUCAUCUUUCCUUUAUAUCGGUCUAUAAUAUAGUUUUUAUAUAUUUACUACCUAUGGGUGGUAUUAUAUUUAUUUAUUUUAAGUUAAUUAUAUAUGUCAAAGAGAUGAGUAAACGUGUAACACUAACUAAUACGUUAUCUCGUGCAAAAAGAGAAUUGCAAAUGGUUAGUCGAAUAAUCAUACUUGUAUCGAUAGAAUUAACACUUGGUAUACCUUAUACAAUCUUUCUUCUUAUGGGAUUUAUUAGUCAACCACCAAAAUACCCUAUUCGUAUUGCUUUUACAUUUGUUGAUGUCUCAUUGCUACUUAUUAUGAUUGCUUUAUUUCAAUUUACUGAUCCAGUUAAAACAAUUAUAAUAAAAAAAUUAUAUCGACAACCACAUACUGAUGCAGUAGCUGUGUUAUAA